AUGGAAAUGGAGGACGGGGAACCGCCGCGUAUCGCACCUGCUUACACGCCGUGCGCUUUCGAAGGGGAGUCUCCGGGCCCCCGGUGCGGUCACACGCUUACCGCCGUCGCGCCUGUCGGAGAGCCCGGCAGCGCGAACUACAUCGGCCCGCGGCUGAUUCUAUUCGGCGGAGCCACGGCUCUGGAAGGAGGCGCAGGUCCCGCGGCAGGAGCAGCAGCCGGAAUACGUAACGAUCCACUUUCAAGUUUUCGAACUCUCUUGCUGCUUCUUUCCGUCGGUCUUUCAGGUCUGGCCGGAGCCACGGCGGACGUGCAUUGCUUCGACGUCAACUCGCGAACAUGGAGCAAGCUCUCUCCGGUGGGCGAGCCUCCCUCCCCGCGAGCGGCGCAUGCGGCGACGGCGGUGGGGACGAUGGUGGUGAUUCAGGGCGGCAUAGGGCCAGCAGGGCUCGCCACUGACGACCUGCACGUGCUGGACCUCACGCAGGCUCGACCCAAGUGGCACAGAGUGGUGGUGCAAGGAGCGGGCCCUGGGCCUCGAUAUGGCCACGUCAUGGCUCUUGUGGGGCAACGCUUUCUGCUCUCCAUCAGCGGCAACGACGGCAAGCGGCCGCUGUCGGACGUGUGGUCGCUGGACACGGCAGCAAAGCCGUACGAGUGGAAGAAGCUGGACCCGGAAGGGGAAGGGCCGCCGCCCUGCAUGUAUGCCACGGCCAGCGCGCGGCACGAUGGGCUGCUGCUGCUGUGCGGCGGCAGAGACGGCAGCAGCGUGCCUCUACCCGGGGCGUUUGGCUUGGCUCGGCACAGAGAUGGCCGGUGGGAGUGGGCUGUGGCGCCUGGGGUGUCUCCCUCGGCGCGCUACCAACACGCUGCUGUGUUUGUGGGGCUGCGCCUGCACGUGUCGGGAGGAGCGCUGGGGGGAGGCCGCAUGGUGGAAGAUGCCUCCAGUGUGGCCGUCCUGGACACAGCAGCAGGCGUGUGGUGUGACCGCAAGGGCAUGGUAUCGGUUGCCCGCACCGGCCGCUACAGUGCCGAUGCUCCGGGCGGCGACGCGUCCACCGAGCUCACCCGCCGCUGCCGCCACGCCGCCGCCUCGGUGAACGAUAUUAUCUUCGUGUACGGCGGGCUGCGGGGCGGCAUUCUCUUGGACGAUCUGCUCAUUGCGGACGACACGCCGCCCGAGCAGCCGGCCCUGCCGGCCGCGCCGGCCGCGCCGGUUAAAGAGGGUGUGGCUGGUUCGGCACGGAAGCCUCCCAUGCCGCCCAGAUCGGGCGAGGGGCGGCAGGGCGUCGCGGUGGCUUCGGCUGUUGCUGCUCCGGAUGACAGAGAGGAGGAUAUCGGGGCUGAGCAUGCAAACGACCACCUGCACGAGGUGGACGAGGAGGCAUCAGAGCAGCUAGCGCGGAUCAACAAGGAGGAGAUGGAGGUGGCACGGCGAGCCAUGGAGAGGGGCGGCAGUGGCGACCUGACAGGGGACGACAUGGACGAGCGGCGCUACGGGGGCACUCCGCCUCCCCCCACCGCUGCUAGCCUCGCCAGGAGCGCGCUGGACGAUGGGCGCAGUGAGACGCCUGCUUUCAAGAAUGUGACCCUGUACCGCCGCGCUGUGGUGGUGGCGGCAGACCCUGCUGCGGCCGGCAGUCUGGGCGGGCUGGUUCGUCAGCUUUCCAUCGACCAUCUGGAGAACGAGGGGCGGCGCAUCAGCUUCGGGCCUGAGGGUGGUGCCGGGCCGCCCAAGCUGCUCAACCGACAGAUGUCCAUGCAGGGCGUGCACAAGAAGGUCCUGCAGACGCUGCUGAAGCCGCGGGCAUGGAAGCCGCCCACCAAGAGGCAGUUCUUCCUGGACGUGCAUGGGGUGGUGGAGCUCUGCGACCUCGCUGAAAACAUCUUCAAGAACGAACCGUCUGUGUUGCAGGUGCGGGCGCCAGUGAAGAUCUUUGGUGACCUGCACGGCCAAUUUGGAGAUCUCAUGCGUCUUUUUGACGAGUACGGCUCGCCCUCCACUGCCGGGGACAUCGCGUACAUAGACUAUCUGUUUCUGGGCGACUAUGUGGACAGAGGCGCACACAGCCUCGAGACAAUCAUCCUGCUGCUCGCACUCAAGAUUGAGCACCCGCGCAACGUGCAUUUGAUCCGCGGAAACCACGAAGCGGCAGACAUCAACGCGCUGUUUGGGUUCCGCAUAGAGUGCAUCGAGCGCAUGGGCGAGCAGGCGGGCAUCUGGGCGUGGCAGCGCAUCAACCAGCUCUUCAACUGGCUGCCGCUGGCGGCGCUGAUAGAGAGGAAGAUUAUCUGCAUGCACGGGGGGAUUGGGCGCUCCAUCCAGCACGUGUCGCAGAUCGAGGAGCUUCAGAGGCCCAUCAGCAUGGAAGCUGGCUCGAUGGUUCUCAUGGACCUCCUUUGGUCUGAUCCCACAGAGAACGACAGCAUUGAGGGCCUCCGACCCAAUGCACGAGGACCAGGCCUUGUCACAUUCGGGCCUGACCGCGUGAUGGAGUUCUGUCAGAACAACGACCUGCAGCUCAUCAUCCGAGCGCACGAGUGUGUGAUGGACGGCUUUGAGCGCUUUGCUGCUGGCCACCUCAUCACGCUCUUCUCCGCCACCAACUACUGCGGCACGGCCAACAAUGCGGGUGCCAUUCUAGUGCUGGGGAGGGACCUUGUCGUCUUCCCCAAGAUGAUCCACCCGUUGCCGCCCACCGGCAACUCGGGCGGCUCGUCGCCGGAUUACCAGGAUGAAUGGAUGCAGGAACUCAACUCCCAACGACCACCAACACCUACACCCUGCAGAACGGGCCUCAGCUACGCUGCAGGCCUCACCACAGGCAGCAAGACCCGCCAGAUCGCGUCUGUCAGCCGGAUCGGCGGCCUGAAGCUCCGCAUUCCUGAAAAGGCUGCAUUGGUGAAGAAUGCUCGUCCUCAGAUCAGCAUGGUGCUGGCUCCGCCGCCUCCUAUGACCCGCGGCGACGACCCCAAGGAGCCGCAAUCCAGCCUAGACUUUGAUGCCUCCGCGCCUCCGCCGUUCACUCUGGCGGAUAUCCGCGCGGCGAUCCCGAAGCACUGCUGGGAGAAGGACGCGCUGAAGUCCAUGGCGUACCUCGUGUGGGACGUUGCCGUGGUGUUUGGCCUGGCUGCUGUCGCUCAAGCGGUCGACCAAUGGUGGAUCUGGCCUAUGUACUGGAUUGCUCAGGGUACCAUGUUCUGGGCUCUCUUCGUCAUCGGACAUGACUGUGGACAUGGAAGUUUCUCCAACAACAAGGCUCUGAACGACUUCGUUGGCCAUCUAACUCAUUCCUCGAUUCUCGUGCCGUACCAUGGAUGGAGAAUUAGCCACCGUACACAUCACGCCAACCACGGUCACGUGGAGAAUGACGAGUCCUGGCAUCCAAUUUCCAAGGACAAAUAUGACGAAAUGGAGUUUUGGUCCAAGGUUGGCCGUCUCAAGUUCCCGUGGCCUCUCUUCGCCUACCCAUUUUACUUGUGGAAGCGAAGCCCUGGCAAGGUCGGUUCGCAUUUUGACCCGAAGUCCGAUCUCUUCACUCCUAAUGAGAAGGAUGACGUUACGACAUCUGCGACUUGCUGGUGGACCAUGGUGGGGAUCCUGGCCGCGCUCACUGUCUUCAUGGGGCCCGUGUCAAUCUUCAAGCUUUACGUCGUUCCGUACUGGAUCAAUGUCGUAUGGCUCGAUGUCGUUACGUAUCUGCACCACCACGGUUAUGACAAGAAGGUUCCGUGGUACAGAGGCGAGGAGUGGAACUACAUGAGGGGUGGUCUGUCUACCAUUGACAGGGAUUAUGGUAUCUUCAACAAGAUUCAUCAUGACAUCGGAACACACGUGGUUCAUCAUCUGUUCCCUCAAAUUCCCCACUACAACCUUUCAGAAGCGACGGAGGCGGUGAAGCCAGUUAUGGGAGAGUACUACCGCGAGCCAGAGCCCAGCCCUGGCCCGAUUCCCUUCCACCUAUACAGGCCUCUCUAUAAGUCCUUCAGCGAGGAUCACUAUGUCCCAAGCGAGGGUAACAUUGUGUUCUACGAGAAGGAUGAAAUGUUGUAG